UACACAUCACGUCAGAGGAGCAUCAUCAAGUUUCUUCUGAACCAAGUCAAGAUCAACAUGACUGGAGCUCUCUUAUACAUACUCUUGAUCAUUUUGCUGAAAGGCUCCUGUUGGGGUGUGUUGAUCACUCAAUGGCCUAAAUAUAUCUCCAGUUUUAAAAGCACCUCAGUGGACAUGCACUGUUAUCAGAAUGACACAAACUAUGACUACACUUACUGGUACAGACAAAUCGAAGGGAAAGCGCUCGUACUUAUAGCCAGCUCUGUCUCUGGCAAUCCUAGCCAGGAGAAAGGUUUUGAAAAUGGCUUCAAAGCCUGGGGAACAAACAAGAAGUGGUCACUGACAGUGGAUGUUCAAGAGGACAGUGAUGCAGUUUACCUGUGUGCUGCUCGUUUCCACAGUGAAGAAAUGCUAAAGAUGUGGGUUUGGGCUUACAGGCUCUGCAUUCUUCUCUCUCUGUUAUCCAGUCUGUCAGACUGUGCCCAGGUUAAGCAGCCAUCAGAUCUGAUUGCAAAUCUCAAUGAUAAAGUUCACAUCUCCUGUCAACAUAAUGACGACAAUUUAAAAGUCAUGUUGUGGUAUCAGCAAAGGAGGGAAAGUGCAACUAUGGCUUUGAUCAGCUAUAGUUAUGCUACAGCUCCACCAAACAAUGAAGCUGGAUACCCAGCUACACGGUUCAAACAGAGCAAGACUAACACUGUAACUGGAGACCUGACCAUCUCUAAUCUCACCCUGUCAGAUUCUGCUGUGUAUUACUGUGCUGCCAGAACUACACAGUGCUUGUGUUUCAUCACCUGCCUGACUUAA